AUGGCGCCGCCUCGCCGCCGCUCCCUCCCGCUGCCCCUCCUCCUCCUCCUCUUCCCCGUCUCCCUCUCCGUCCUCCUCCUGCUCCGCCGCUCCUCCUACCCGGCGCCUCCGCUCCCCGCCACCGGCCCCGCUCCGGAUCCCCGCCGCUUCUCGCUCCUCAUCAAGCUCCUCGCCUACGACCGCCCCGCCCCGCUCCUCCGCUGCCUCCGCUCCCUGGCCGCCGCCGACUACGACGGCGACCGCGUCGCGCUGCACGUCCUCCUCGACCACCGCCCGCCCAACUCGUCCGCGCCGCUCCUCGCCGCGUCCCACGGGAUCCUCCACGCGCUCGACGCCUUCCGCUGGCCGCACGGGGAGAAGCGCGUCCACUACCGCGCGGCCAACGCGGGGCUCCAGGCGCAGUGGAUCGAGGCGUGGUGGCCCGGCUCCGACGACGAGUUCGCCUUCGUCGUCGAGGACGACCUCCAGGUCUCGCCGCUCUACUACAGGUUCCUCAAGCGGGUCGUCAUGAGGUACUACUACGACAGGGAGAACUACAGCCCCUACGUCUUCGGCGCGUCACUGCAGCGCCCCCGAUUCGUCGCAGGUAAACAUGGAAACAAGAUAGAACUGGACAGUGAAACUAGGCUAUUCUUGUACCAGAUGGUUGGUACAUGGGGACAACUUUUGUUCCCCAAACCAUGGAAAGAAUUUCGAAUGUGGUACGAUGAACAAAAAGCCAAAGGAAUCAAACCUAUUCUCCAAGGCAUGAAAACUACAGGAUGGUACAAAAAGAUGGGUGAGAGAAUAUGGACCCCUUGGUUCAUUAAAUUUGUCCACUCACGUGGAUACUUCAACAUCUACACAAACUUCCUAAAGGAAAGGGCCCUCAGCAUCUCUCAUAGGGAUGCAGGUGUCAACUAUGGAAGAAGUGUUGGACCAGAUUCUACACUGUUAGAUCAGAAUAAUCUCAAUUUCAAUAUAUGGCAAUUGCAACCUCUCAAAGAGCUAAAAUGGUACGAUUUUUGCUUUGCUGAAGUUCUUCCAGGAAGGGCUGUUAGGAAAUUUAGUGAACUUGGUUCUGUUCUCAAGUCUGUGCAACUAGAAAAUAAUGUUUUACUCAUAAGUUUGUAUUCAGUGGAACAGAGGAUUGUGAGAAACCUCAUUUGCCAUCUUGAGAAGGCAGGCACGCGGAAUCACAUUUUCCUUGGUGACAAUGCAGAGUUUCUGGAUGACCUUGCUCAUAGAGGGCAUGCUGUCAUUGAUGCUACUGAGUUGUUGCGCAGCAGCAAAAUGAGUAGUUAUAUGAAUUCUGAUGGUUCUGUUAUGGAAAUUUUGGCUAAAGCUUAUGUGAUACAAUAUUGCUUGGAUCUGGGUUACAGUCUAUGGGUACUAGAUGCAAAUGUGAUUUCACUUGGCAAUAAGUUGGCCGAGCCAUCAGAUCAAUCAGUCGACUUUUUUACUGCAGAGUCAGUGGAUUUGAUGUUUAUAAGAAGCUCACAAGGCUCUAGAAAAGCAUGGAAUGACCGUAUUAUAUCAAGAGUAGCAGAUAGUGUGAUAUCUCCAAAAAGUGAUUCUGUUGCUUCCCUGAAACAUGUGAACUUCGUUCACGUACUUACGGAAGUGUUGCAAAGCAAUGGUGGUGUGAAGCUGGGGAAACUGAAUGAGGAGAUCAUGGUUAUGGAAUUAGGGCCUAACAUGUCGAAUAGAUCACUGUCAGAUGGUCAAAGUAAAAUGCUUUCCUGGCCUCACAGUAUGGCUUCAGAUUUAGUUCAAAGGCAGCUCCAAAAUGUGAAUUUGUGGUUAAUUGACUCAGAUUCAUCUUGUAGUGCUGUUGUUUGUAGCCAAAAGCAGAAGUAGUCUUUGUUAUCUGAUGCAUGUUCUUUUGUUAACAUUUGACCCCAUUAACGGAUCGAUGGUAAUAUCAAGUAUUUAUGAGACUUGGACCUGCCCUGGCACUUAUCCAAGAAAUCUUGGGAGCAACUUAUUUCUUUGUAAUGUUUGUGGCCUUCAAUAGCUUUUGAUGUUGAUUACUGCUGGUCUUUGGAGCCACAUAUAUUCAGUACCUAUGAGGUCUUGAGGUGUUGAUCAUUCUGAUUGUUUGGUGAGGUUGAAUUAUUCAGUUAUCUAUGCUGCUAGUUCCCAUUCAGUGGUAAUGUUCUGGAGAAGAAUGUUUCCUGGUGUGCUCCUUGUUAUAUCAGCAUCUCAACUACAAUCAUGAGUCAUGACAGGCCUCAGACCUUGAAGACUGAACUUGGUAACCAGAGUUUCUGACCACUUGCAAAUGAAAGAGAUGUAGCAAGUGUGUAUCUGAAGGCAAACUGGCUGAUGCGGUUGGUGGUGCAGACGCAAUAUCAGCAAGGUAAAGGAUAUUCAACUGUAAAGUGGCUAGACAAAUUUUACUGGCAGAUACGAUGGACAUGCAUCAUCGAUCGGAAGAGACUUCCCAACCAUACAGCUGAAAAUUCCUAGUAGCGCAAUGUUGUUCCACUUGAAAGAGGUAGGAUUACCUGUCACUGGACUGGAUCCAACUUGGAAUGCAAGCUAAGCAUGUAGGUGUGACAAAGCAGAGCAUGGAUGAUGACAUCCAAAUUGUUCCUUGUGCAUCCUUGCAUAUAAAAACUUUAAAAACUAUAUACCAAUGUAUCAUUACAGGGUGAGAUGGCCACAUGAGUGUGAUGUCUGUUCUGCAUGCUACCUUAUUCCCAUGGAUUUUAUGAAAUUGUAGUCAACAACUCAAUCAUGAUUACUUGCCAAUCCUUUGUCUCUUGGUUUGCUUAUUGGGUAGCCCUGUCUGGUAGCAGCAUCUCCACACACUUGGGCAGAGCGAAGUGGCAAGCACCUACUAUGGCCUAAGGCCCUAGGGACACGCCUAAUUAGGAGCAUCUAUUAUGAUAUUAUUCCUAGCAUGUAUUGUUAAAGACAGCCAUUUUGCUAUCCUAUUUAUGAUCUUAAA